GGGGCGCUCUGGGGGAGACGCAGCCCCGGCCACACCUCUGCAGGCUGAGCCCUGUGCCGGAGCCAUGGGGGCGCUGGUGCUGGCGCUGUGGGCCCUGCUGGCGGGCCCGGCCGUGGUCUCUGUCCUGCGUGGCCGCGGGGCUGCCCCACUGGACUUCGCUGACCGCAGAGCACAGACAGGUAGGAACCUGACCUGCUUUCGCUGCUUCAAAGUCACGGAGAUGGAGCUGUGCCAGCCCACGGCCUGCGCCCCGACCGACCGCGUCUGCGUGGGCCACACGGUGAUGGUCCAGUACAAAUCCAAGAUGGGGGUUCUGCUCAGCAAGCGCUGCGCCCCCCGGUGCCCCAACACCAACAUGGCCUACGCGUGGCUGUCGGAGCCCUGGUUCUUCAGGAGGAUCACCAGGCAGUGCUGCAACGUGAGCUUCUGCAACGCGGCGCCCCCCGCCCCCGGGCGGCCCUGGGCCCGGCCAGGCGGGCUGCUGCUCCCGCUGGGCCUCAGCCUCCUCACGGCCUCGUGAGCCCUUCCCGGCCGCCCGCGGGCCCGGUCCCCCACCCCAGCCGGCCCAGCCUCCUCUCCCAGAGCCUGGAGAAGGGAGCCCUGCUUCCUAGGGGGAGUGAAACACCAGGUGUGGGCAGUGGCUCCCUGGAUGAGGUUCCUGGCCCGGAACAGACUGUCCAGGGCCAGGAGGGGCCGGGAGGGGCCGGGAGGGGCAGGGAGAGUCCGGGGAUCUGGCGGCUGCAGCCCUGAAUCCGGCUCCAACUUGCUCUGUCUCCUUGGCCAGCCCGGCCCCCACCCCUCUGUCCAGGGGGCCCAGGCCUAUCCGCACUGUGGGUGCCACCCGGGCUUUAGGGCCAGGACCUUCACUCCUUCCAAAGACAAUAAACUUAUUCUUCAACCACA